UGCCGACUUAGCCAACUACAUGAUGAUGCUCGCUGCCAGUCCGUGGCUUGGCAAUCCCAGGCUCUUCAAGACGACGGAAGGACAGAUCAAACUCGCACAACUUCAGGAACAGUUUGAGAACCUUCUGGAAGUAAAGAAGAUGAAUGUGACGCAGAUUAUUGACCGCGUGUCUCUGGAUUGCGAGGAUAUGAUCGUCCAGUGUACUUUCAACGACAAGGAAAUCGCCGAGAAAGACUGCUGCCGGAUGUUCACGCCCGUGCCCACCUUCUCCGGGAAAUGCUACGUCCUGUUUGCCAACGAGAGCUUCAGUCAGGUGUUCAGCGGGGAGAUGGGGGGUCUCAUCAUCACCCUUCUUCAGGUGGAGAAUGAUGAGCCAGCCCUCGUAAAAGGUAUUUUGGAUCCAUCGAAGUGGCUCAAACGUAAACUUCAAAUCACACUACAUAACAAUGUGACUCACCCUUCGCUCGAGGUCGUAGGUCAUGGCCCAAUGAUAACCCCGAACACUUUGCUAUCAGUGCAGGUGUCUCUACAAACGAUCGACAACGCUCAGGUGAAACAGAACCCAGACUGGAGUGAGUCGGAGUGCGUGAAGGUGGAGGACCUUGUGUAUGGGGCGUCUGACGAUUUCUAUUUUACUGGUGGAAACUGCAUGACGGCGAUCUAUAGGGAGUGCGGUGCCAAGCUGUGCGGCUGCAGUAGUUAUUUUCUGGAUAAUUUGCAUCUAUCUCCUAAACUGUGUUCCGUAAACACGUCUAAUGCUUGUAUCAAUCGGGUGACGGACUUCAUGACUCGUGAAGUUCCCGAGGAAAAGAGAGAGAUGGUAAAUGAAAUGGCCGCUUGCGUCAUGAACGUCACCAGUCGUUGUCGCCGAGUGUGUACCAUGAGCAGCUUCAAGACGUCGACCGUGGCCCAGCCUCUUCCCUUGUACCAGAUGACCGAACUCAAGGAACGUUUUGGUCUCGUGGAACAGGAUCUCUUGACGCUGGUGACAAUUUUCUACCCUUUGCUGGAGUACGAGGAGGUCUAUCUGUCUAGGAAAUCUUACGGGGAUUUACUUAGUAACUUGGGCGGCUCAACAGGUGUCUUCCUCGGCUUCUCGUUCAUCACGCUCAUGGAAUGCUUCAUCUUCUUCAUCUUCUGUCUGAACGCCGCCUUCAGAAAGUUCCUUUGUCUCAGGAAAAAGUCUGCUGCAAAGAACGCGGUGGCGCCUCCCGAGAGAACGAAUAAGUCGGCCUUUUCUUUGCACAAAAGCGCCUGGUAGAUCGAUCAUUUUAGUUUAGUGCUUUGGUUGCAUCUCUGUUAGCUGUGAUAAAUUUGGUAUAUGGGAAUAACAUUAGAUUUUAAUAUUACUUCGAAUUGUUUUGGAUGUAAUAUGUUUAGAUCUUCAGUUGGGUGUAGAGUGUAGUCCUUUGUUUAAGACACCCGUUAACUGCAUAGGUGUGGAGAGCUUUGAUUGAUUAAUACAUUGCAAUAAUGUUAUGGUAUGGUAUUACACUACAUGGCAUAUUAGGCAAACUGUGAUUUUAUCUUCUAUUACAUCAGAUGAAACCAUUACAUAACGCUUUGUUGCUCUCGUUGGUGGGCAGUAUCACACACGCACUCUACCUUUAUAGUGUACAAGGGUUUACUUAUAUUCCAAUUUGCAUUACAAUACACCCUGUAUCCUAGCGAAAUUCUGAUUAUUUUUAUCUGUGAAAAUCGGUCAUAGCUGUUCAUCUUUCAUGCCUUUGCGAAUGCGUCAUCUCCCUGUAGCAGAUUCUAUAAAGAGCGUGCGAAAUUCAAAUAAGAGAUCAGUAUCCAUACCUUGCUAAGCGAUCAGCAUGACCAUGCAUAUUAAAGAUUCCAACGUUCCAUGGCAUGCACGUGAAUUAUAUAAAGUGAUCCUAUUCUUAUGUACGGUAUAUGUUCCUUUUGGUGCCACUUGCAAUGUUUCCAAUACAUCUAGCGAGAGCUCUCCUGGCCCUGGAGAGCACUCUGUCAGUCGUAGAAAACGUCUCCUGAGUCUCGAUUCAAUGGAAAUGAUGUCGCUAGAAGUAUUGCUACCAAUUCAGUUUGCAUAGUACUUGCCUUCUUAUGAACCCUCCUGAAGUCCUCAUGCUUCAAAAUAUUGUUAUAUACCCACUAUAAUCACUCUGCUUCCCCUUUGAGUUCGGUUUUGAAUUAUUACGCAAAGGUCGGUCAGUUUAUUCAUAUUCCAUUUGCCUACGGGAAUAUGUAGGAUAAAUAAGAUCUCUGACUGCUUCUGUACCAAAUGUAGUAUCUGUGUAACUGUUCUUUCACAUAUAAGGGUUGACAAUCCUCUGUUUUCAAGGACACUGAUAAUAAUCCGUAUGUAUGGCUUUACUCUGUGCAACUUCUUGAAUGGCUAACUCUGAUUCCUAGUAUAAUGCAUAAUCUGCCAAACUCUGUGGAAGAUAGGCGAAAGAGUGAAGCUGUGUUGACGGAGAUAUUACUACUGAAAUUAGAAUCGUUUUCUUCUUUCGUUUGCUUCGUUUCUAUCUUUUUUUUUUUUCUUUUUUUUUUUUUUAGUCGGUGAUAUCAAUUCACGCCCAGUAGUCACUGCUGAGAUUAUACAUAAAUCUAUUGCGUUCGUUCCUCGAAUGGGCAUUUAAUGCAAAUGUCAUUUUUGCUGCAAAUAAUGCAUUCAUAUUGUUCACUAAUUUGAGCAUUAGGAUGCUGAAUAUCGUGGACUACUUGUACCUUUAACUCCCAGGAAGAUAACCUGAACAGUAUGGUUCGGUUGGCACACUGAAUCCAGGUAAAUACCAAAGUUAGCCAGUUUCUCAAGGAUGGUUUUUAUCAUGGAAAUAGGAUUUGCUGGGUUUCACUCUCUUUAUGUAAGAUUUUUAAAUACAAACAUAUCGCUACCUUAAAUGCAAAAUUUUCUUCGUAUUUUCUUUUCUAACAAUAGGGAGAGCUAUGACGUUAUCUUAAUAUCGCGUAACAUGAAAUAAUAGAAAUAUUGAUGUAUUGUACCCCUAAAUCUACUUUAUGUGUAUCACCAUCAAGUUAAUCUUUCAUAGCGGAACCCUUCAUCAAACUUUUUUUUAUUAUUAUUAUUUUACAAGCAUUCCUGUUAUGGUAAAAAUCCGGUCUUCAAAACAGAUUGAAGAACUCGCACCAUUCCUUUAUUCAUCAAUCUGUUCAUUUUACUUUCAUAAUCUAUUUCUUGGCUCGCUCAUUUACGUGCUUACGUAUCCCCAAUUCCUGUUCCAGUAGCUACGUGCCUUUAAGAAUUUCAAGCAAAGCUAAUGCUUAAUUACUGUCAUCUCGCGCAUCUUUUAUAUUAUUUUUUAGUUUAUUAUAUUCUAGUUUAAGAUUUAGUUAUUGAUUUUUUUUUACGAAAGAGUACAAAUAACACAAAUAUAAAAACAACAAUAUCAGAGGAAGGACAUCACUAUAAUUGGACGUUUUAGCUUUUGUGAUACAUAUAUGCAAUCAUGCAUAUAUGUAUCCAAGUAUGUAUCUGUAAUAAUCACUACAUGUAAUAUAUGUGUAAUUUUAUUCAACACCAGUGCUAUCAUUCAAAGUAGCUAAUAAUUCUCAGUUUGUAUGUGUGUGAUUUGUGUAUUUUAAUAUUAUUACUACAGUCUUUAUGGUGUCACCAGAACAAACGUUUAAGUGUAUUUUAUUACAGAAUA